AUGGAUUCUGGAACAUCCACCUUGGCCAGCUCGUUGGGUGCGAUUUUUCUUGGCAACAUUGUUACAGCUACGUGCGAUGCGAUAUCUGUCGUCGGAGUGUGGUGGCUUAGCUUACUAGUUUGGUCGUUUAGUUUCUUUGGACUCACAACGAUCCAAACAUAUAUAUACUGCAAAUGUCCUAAGGAUGAUUCCUUCGUCAUGCAGGCCUUGAUUUUCGUUUUGUGGGUGAUAGAUGGUCUGCAUCUUGCGUUCUCCACGCAUACCGUUUACUCUUAUACGAUUCUUGAUUAUGCGAAUCUAAAGGAGCCGCAGGAUGUAGUCUGGAGCUUGCCUGCGAUGGUGCUGGUUACUGGCAUGAGUGAUUUAAUUGUCAGAAGCCUGUUUUGCUAUCGUGUCUGGAAACUGAGCAAGAAGACAUCUGAUUGGAGUCUGGUUGUAGCGAUUAUUCUCACGAGUAUCGUGACUGUUGCUGCAAGCUGGGUCUAUGCGUUUGAAGCCUUUACUGUCAAGACACUCGGUGAACUCUCGUGGCCUGUGUUCUCGCAACUCUUGUAUGCUGGCCUUGUUAGUGCUCUUGUCGGUGAUAUUAUCAUCGCAGGGUCCUUGUGCAUCUUGCUCACCAGCCAUUGUACUGGGCUUUCAACGUAUUUGUUGUAUUCUUGCGGUGACGACUAUCAGCUCACGCUGUGGAAUGGUUUAGCAGAACCGACCUUGUCGUCCGGAUUGUGA